AUGAUUCCCGGAAAUGACAAGAAUGUUGGGUAUAGCUCACCAAACAUGAUAGAUGUUGCCGCUUCACCGGGCGCUGAAAGUCCCAAUUUGCCUCCGGAAAUUGGACAGAGCAAAUUCUAUGAGGUAAGCUUUUUUACCCUACCCCUAUUUUUACCUUCUACCCCUUGCCCUCUACACUACUUUCUAUCCCCUGCCCUUUACCCCUACCUCUACCCUUACCUCUGCCCUUACUCUACUCUACCUUGUCUUACUUUAUUUUCCCCUACGUUACCCUACCAUACUAUAUCCUAUCCUACCUACCCUACUCUACCUUAUAUUACCCUACUCUACAUUACCCUGUCUUACUUUUAAAUUUCAGAACAUUCACCUCGACAUCUUCCACGGUCCCAUGGACAAGGAGGAUAUUGCAUUGGUACUGAACAAUAACGGUGAGUACCUGAUUGCCAAUGGUUUUGUAGACAUAAAAAGCAAGCUCGGGGUGUGGAUCAAAUGGGCUGAUCAGUUGACCUUUUAUCCGGUUAUCGAAGACAUUGAGCAAGGAACGUGCACGUUCAAUGGCCUGGUGGCGAAACCAAACUUGACUGAGCUGCUCGCGUGUGUUGGUUGUUGUAGUAUACCCUGUCUUACCCUACACUACCGUACCCUACCCUACCUUACCUUACUCUAUCCUACUCUACCCUACCGUACCAAACUCUGUUCUACCCUACCUUAUCCUACACUACCGUACCCUACCUACCCCAUCCUAUCUUACCCUUCCCUACCCUUAAAGUUUCAGCCACCACGACACCACCCAACAGCCGAUAACGACUGCGCCAGACGGCCCCAAACUGAUGUACGGAAUCAAAAAGCAGUCGUGGGAACUGGACCACAAAAACGUCAAAACGGAGAAGGAGCUAGGCAGUGGAGCGUUCGGCACGGUCUAUUUGGGCAGUUUGUUUCGGAACGGUCAAUGGAUCCCCGCGGCCAUUAAGGUGCCACGCCUGGACAAGGCCAAGAAGGAGGCACAGACGGCCGAAUUCCUACAAGAAGCGAGGAUUCAAAGGGACUACCUCCAUGUCAACAUUGUCAGACUGUUUGGAGUCGCGACCAAUGGACCGGACAUUUUGGUAGGUGUACUGUAGAGUUAGGGAUGUAGUCCUACACUAUAGGUUUUGUGGCAUCUUGGGGUUGACAUACCACUUUACUGUAUAUGGCUAAGGCAGGGUUACGGUAGGGUUGGUUAAGGCUUGAAAAGGGUUACAGUAGGGUUUGUUAUGGCUAGAGUAGGUACGGUAGGGUAUGACUAGGCUAGGAUUAAGAUUGAUCUAGAAUUUAGUUAAUGUAGGGCUGGGUUACUGUAGAGCGAACUAGUUCGAAAGCAAGUUUGCACUAUGGUAUGCAGGGGCGUCGCUAGAGGGGGGGUGGAUCCACCCCCCCCAGAGCCGAUCCGAAAAAAAUUCCACAGGUAGUAAGGUUAAGUCUACUAUACUACCGUAACUAUAAUUGAGUUAUAGCUUAUCGUAACCCACCCUACCGCUCUAUUGUAACCUUGGCCUACCCUACUCCAUUCUACCUUACUCGACCUCAGGCUACCGUACCUUUAAGCUACCGUAACCCUAUCGUAAAAUGCAGUAAUCUUACUAUAACCUUAUACUACAUUAACUUAAUCUACUGUAAGCUCAAUUUCCAAUUUCAGAUUGUUCUCGAGUACGUGAACGGCGGUGACCUCCUGUCCUAUGUCAAGAAGAACCCCCACCUCAACGUCACAAUGAGGCUAGCGUUUUGUUUCGACGUCGCAUCUGGAAUGGCAUACCUGCACAAAAUACAGUGUCUGCAUCGAGAUAUGGCAGCACGAAACUGUCUAGUCGUUCAAUCCCCAUGCUAUUGUAAGAUUACGGACUUUGGACUCUCGGCCAAGGGUUUGAACCAAGCUGUCAGUAAGACCAAAUCAGUGCCAAUCAGAUGGAUCGCGCCUGAGGUCAUUAAAACUGGCACUUACGAAGCCGCUUCGGAUGUGUGGAGUCUUGGGUAGGGUAAUUUUUGUUUGAUUUUUUUUGCACAGUGCAAAAUUAAAAAAAAAUUUAACUUUUUGAAAAAUCAAAGUUUUUUCUAAAAACUUUUUGACUUUUUCAGAGUCAUGUUCUGGGAGGUGUACACGUUCUGCAAAGACCUACCCUACGCCAAAAUUAAAGAACUGAAAGAGGUACAAGUUCAGCUGAAGAGCAACCCCAACUUUCGGCCAGACAUGGCCAAAAAGGCAGAGCCCCCCCUUUGA